AUGUCUCAGCCAGAACCCAAGCGUGUCAAAACUGAUGACGAUGCUCCCUAUGAGCUCAUCUACUGGCCAGUCAUUCCCGGUCGCGGCGAAUUCGUCCGUCUAGUGUUCGAAGAAGCUGGUGUCCCUUACUCAGACGUUGCGCAGAACAUAGAGAAGGGCAUGAACGCAGUCAAGAGUCUUACUUCUGCAGACAACAUCGGCGAUGAGCAUAACCCACCUGCUCUAGCUCCCCCAGCCCUCAAGCACGGCGAUCUUCUCAUUUCUCAGACGCCCAAUAUUCUUCUGUAUGUCGCUCCAAGGGUCGGCCUGGCGCCCAAAGAAGGAAACGGCGUGUAUCAUCUCAAUGAAAUUGUUUUGACGAUCCUGGAUGGUCUUGUAAAUGAACUCCAUGAUACUCAUCACCCUAUCGCCAUUGGUCUCUACUACGAGGACCAGAAGGAGGAGUCCAAGAAAAAGUCCGAGUAUUUCAUCAAGGAGCGCCUCCCCAAGUAUUUCAAGUACAUGCAGCGAGUGCUUGACGCCAAAACCAGCGGUGAGGGCCCAUGGUUAUAUGGCGACAGCUUGACCUACGCAGACCUCGUACUUUUCCAGGUGAGUGACACUUCCACGAUGACCAACAAGUUCUUCCCCGAGUCGCUAACAACCCUCCAGGCUGUCGAUGGCACCAAGUUUGCCUUUCCCAAGUCUACCGAAGCAUUGAAUAAGUCUGGUGAAUACGACGGCGUUUUCAAGUUGUAUGAUGCUGUCAAGGAGAGGCCAAACAUCAGCAAAUAUCUUCAGAGUGACAGGCGCAGGAAGUACUCCGAGGGAAUUUGGCGACACUACCCCGAGCUGGAAGAGUAA